AUGGAUGUGCCUGAUGACAGACAUGGAAUCCGGCCAAUCUGCUUGGAUGGCCGUGUGUCCUUCAUCGGCCACCAGCUGGGCGGCGUGUCCUUCUCACCCAACAGCCGGGACCAGCAGGUCAAGUUCGCCCGUGCUGUCCAGAUUACCUACUACCUCCGCAACCACGGACCUGUGUUUCAGGACGCCAUCGCUGAGCGCUGGGAGAACGAGUUCUGCGCCCUGGUCAGCCGGCUGUCCACAGCCGAGGCGCCCCACUCAACCGACCAGCUCCACAUCCAGUCGCUCACCUCCUUCAGCCUGUGGCGGGACUUUCACCAGACAGGUGUGUUGGCCAAGGGGGAAGUGCUGGUCAGCCUAGUGUUGGUGCUCCUGGCUGCCACCAUCUCCAGCUCCAUGCGGGACUGCCUGAGGGGGAAGCCGUUCCUGGGCCUCCUGGGUGUGCUGACCAUCUGCAUCGCUAACGUCACGGCUGCAGGAAUCUUCUUCAUAUCAGAUGGGAAGUUCAACUCCACGCUGCUAGGGAUCCCAUUCUUUGCUAUGGGCCAUGGAACUAAGGGGGUGUUUGAGCUGCUGGCGGGCUGGAGGAGAACCAGGGAAAACCUCCCCUUCAAGGAACGAGUGGCGGACGCAUUUGCUGACGUGAUGGUGUGCUACACCAUGACCAGCUCACUUUACAUCAUCACCUUCGGCAUGGGGGCGAGUCCAUUCACCAACAUCGAGUCUGUGAAGAUUUUCUGCCAGAGCAUGUGCGUCGCCAUCCUGGUCAACUACUUCUAUGUUUUCUCUUUCUACGGCUCUUGCCUGGUGUUCGCCGGUCAGCUGGAGCAGAACCGCUACCACAGUGUUUUUUGUUGUAAAAUCCCCUCAGUGGAGUACCUGGACCGCCAGCCCACAUGGUUUAAGACCAUGAUGAGUGAUGGUCAUGAACUGUCAACGCACCACGACAGCACUCCCUACCAAAACCACUUCAUCCAGCACUUUCUGCGCGAACACUACACGGAGUGGAUUACCAACACCUACGUCAAACCAUUUGUGGUCAUCCUGUACCUCAUAUACGCCUCUUUCUCAUUCAUGGGAUGUUUACAAAUCAGUGAUGGCUCAAAUAUAGUUAACCUGCUGGCUAGUAACUCUCCGAGUGUGACGUACGCUAUGACCCAGCAGAAAUACUUCAGCAACUACAGUCCUGUCAUUGGGUUCUACAUUUAUGAGCCCAUAGAGUACUGGAACUCCACAGUUCAGGAGCACCUGAAGACUCUGAGUCACGGCUUCAACAAAAUCUCCUGGAUGGACAAUUUCUUCCACUACCUGAGGGUGGUGAAUGUGAGUGCAUCAACGAAAAGCGAUUUCAUCUCGAUACUCAAAGGCUCCUUUCUGCGCAGCCCAGAGUACCAGCACUUCACCGAGGAUAUCAUAUUCUCCAAGAACCGUGAGACUGACGAGUAUGAUAUUAUCGCCUCAAGGUUGUACUUGGUGGCUAGGACGACAGAAAAGAAGCGUGAAGAGGUGGUGGAGCUUCUGGAAAAGCUUCGUCCAUUGAUGCUCAUCAACAGCAUCAAGUUCAUUGCCUUCAAUCCUACGUUUGUAUUCAUGGAUCGCUACAGCUCCUCUGUCAUCUCACCCAUCCUGACCUCAGGCUUCAGCGUACUCACAAUCCUCAUCCUCACUUUUUUUCUGGUUAUCAACCCUUUGGGGAACUUCUGGCUCAUUCUCACGGUCACCUCUGUAGAGCUGGGUGUCUUGGGUUUGAUGACCCUGUGGAAUGUUGGCAUGGACAGCAUCUCGAUCCUGUGCCUUAUUUAUACCCUCAACUUUGCCAUGGAUCACUGUGCACCACACCUGUACACUUUUGUGCUGGCCACCGAGCACACUAGGACGCAGUGCAUCAAGUUGGCACUGGAGGAGCACGGGGCGGCCAUCCUGCAGAACACAUCUUGCUUUGUGAUAGGGAUCAUGCCCCUGGUAUUUGUGCCUUCCAAUCUGACCUACACACUGUUCAAGUGCUCCCUCCUCACUGCGGGCUGCACUGUGCUGCACUGCUUCGUCAUCCUGCCCGUCUUCCUGACCUUCUUCCCGCCAUCCAAAAAGAGACACAAGAAAAAAAAGCGGGCCAAGCGUAAGGAGCGGGAGAGGGAGAGGGAACGGGAACGGGAAAGAGAGAGGGAGAGGGAGGAGAUAGAGUGCAUUGAAGUCAGGGAGAAUCCUGAUCAUGUGACAAACGUCUAA